UAAUAUUUAUUAAUGAUUUAAUAAUCGGGCAUCUCAUUUCAAAGUCGUCAAGUACAAUUAAGGGAUCAAAUCAUUAUGCUUGAGUAGAGAGCUUAAGAGAUUAAUCAAGACAUCAAGAAAGUAUAAUCAAAUUCCAUUAUUAGAAAAGAAAAACAUAAGUAAGUCAAGAUAGAUAAAUCAAAUUAAAAAUGCUUCAAAAUCAAAUUGACAAAAUGAAAUAAUUGAAUGAAGAUUUGGUGAACUUAUCGAUUGAUGUAAAAUAUUGUUAUUUCUCAUUUAGGAUAAAAAAUGGUAAAAAUUGAUAAUACUUUUGGAUAUCAUGUAUUAAAAUCUUGAUAACCCAGAACAUGAAUAAGAAAUUAAUUAAGUAAAUUGAACAUCGAUUCCCUAGUUAAUCACUCAACUGUAUUAAACUAAAAUUGUGUCAACCGUAUGGAAUGACAGAGUUCUAUAACCCAAUAGAUAAGCCAUUGAGCCUUUUGAUCAAAAAGCAGCAACUCAAUAAGCUUAAUUAGUAGAUUAAAAUUCAGCUGCUUAUAAAAUUAAAAUGAUGGACUUUAGUUACGCCGAUAGACCCUAGAAAAAUGAUUAUUAUUAGCCACCUACUUUUAAAGAAAAAUUGAAUUUAAACAGCUUGUUACCAAAAUACAAAAUGCUGCCUCAUUCAGUAUUUAGUUAAUUGAGCAGUGACACAUUGUUCUAUGUCUUUUAUUAUCAUAAGGAACCUACUGAAUAAUUGAUGGCAGCAAGAGAAUUAAUUAAGAAUUAAUGGAUAUACAACACCAAACAUGGAUUGUGGAUGAAGAAGGAUAAGCAUUACUAAUAUGUAAUAUAUGAGAUUAUAUGAUUUAGAAAGAUGAAGAAAAUGAUAAAGUUAUUAAAGGACCUUUCUUUUAUUUUGAGAAUGAGGGCAAGUGGUAAUAGAAAAAAAAAUAAGACUUUUCAUUUAAGAAAAAGCAUCUAAUACAAUAUGAGAUAAUUUAAUGA